CGAUGUAUACUAUAUUGAUACUUGUAAACCCGGUGAGGGCUGGAAGAAGGGUGCUUCCUUGCUUAAACCAAGAGGCUUUGGCUUUAUGUAUGCUGGGGUCAUGAAUGGAAAAAUCUACAUUUGGGGGUGUGGUUUAGAGGUUGAUAUUCCUCGAACAGGUGAGGUUUUUGAUCCAACCUUGAAUUCUUGGUCUGAGUUGCAGCACCCUACACUCGACAUCCCUCCAUAUUUAGAACUGCACGCAGUGUGGGAGGAGCAAAAUCGGUUCUUAUUUCAAUCGACAGAAACAAAGGAUCUAUAUGUCUAUGAUGCAGAGCAGGACUCCUGGGCCUUGUAUGAUUCAAGUUACGGUAGGCGUCGUAACAAAGCAGCAGUUGUUGGAGAAAUCAUGUAUGUCUUCCACAAGGGAGAGGUACAUGCAUAUGAUUUAGAUAAGCGAAAAUGGUUUAAGAAGGCAGUGGCCAAUUUGCGGAACCAAGGGUGCCUUCCACCUGCUCAUGGGCCCUUGUCCGAGGAAGGGACUCUCUUACAUCUAGGGAAUGGGAGGUUGUGCCUGAUUUGGGAUCAAGAUGUUGGCGAUUUGAAGUAUGUUCAUUGUAUAAAAUUUGCUGUUUGCAAGGAGCGCUACGUGCAUCGUGUGGCCUUGGUUGCCUGUGCGGUUUCAUCCUCUGUUUUCUAUAUCAAGGGCGAUAGGAUUCUGCAAAGUUGUCUUGCACUGUAAGUAU